AUGUCAAGCUCAUCGAGUCGGACGGAGUUUGAGGCUUAUAAGCCUAAACCCGAGCCUGAUCUGUGGACUCUGUUCAAAAGCCAAGUGACGACCAAAGAAGGCUGGUGGGGCGACUUUGAAUGGUUUAACAUGUGCAUGCCUACAAUGUUUGUCAAGAAAGAAAAGAGACAUACCCCUUUUUGGGGUUUAAACAGCCGAUUGCCGUUGGGUUUGGCAGCUGUUAUGGGAUUUCAACAUGCCCUUGCCAUGGUUUCAGGUGUUGUCACGCCGAUCUUGAUUAUGACCGGUGAAGGCGCCACGUCGCUCAACCUGGAAGCGAGUGAUCAGCAGUAUUUGUUGUCUGCUGCAUUGAUUACCUCAGGCAUUUUGUCGAUUGUUCAGAUUACUCGGUUCAGACUCUUCAAAUCACAAUAUUACUUGGGCACUGGUUUGCUCACUGUUGUUGGUCCCAACUUUGCAGCUAUUGCAGCUGUCAGUGCUGUGGUUUCCAACAUGUACACCACUGGAUAUUGCGAAACGGCCACACUCGACGAUGGGACAACUGUGUAUCUCCCAUGCAGACAUGCUUGGGGUGCUAUCCUCGGUACCUGUAAGUCCAUGGUAUGCUCUUUGUUCGAAAUCUUCAUCAGCUUCUUGCCCCCGCGUGUCAUCAAGAAACUUUUCCCUCCCAUGGUCAGCGGUGUCACCAUCUUUUUAAUCGGCUGCUCUGUGAUCAGCACUGCUCUCAAGGAUUGGGCUGGCGGAUCCGGUGCUUGCGUCAACAUGCCAGAGUCUGGUCUCUAUUCCAUGUGUCCUGAUAUCAAUGCACCUCAUCCUUUGCCCUGGGGCAGUGCCGAAUUCAUUGGCCUGGGUUUCUCGGUGUUCGCUACAAUUGUUUUGGUCGAGAACUUUGGUUCGCCCUUCAUGAAGAGUGCUCAGAUUGUCAUUGGUCUUAUCGUCGGCAUGAUCAUCGCCGGUGCAUGCGGUUAUGUUGACGGUUCAUCCAUAGCCUCUGCUCCUGUCGGUACCUUCGUUUGGACAACAACGUUCCCUAUUUCUAUCUAUGGUCCGGCGGUUAUUCCUUUUCUUAUCGUAUAUCUCGACAAUAUCCUCGAAAGCAUUGGUGACAUUACUGCAUCGUCAGAUGUUUCCGGUGUUGAGGUUGAUGGUCCUAUGUUCUCAAGUCGUAUUCAAGGUGGUUUGCUCGCUGAUGGUGUCAACUCGCUGAUCGCUGCUUGCAUGACCAUUUCUCCUGUGGUUACCUUUGCCCAAAACAACGGUAUCAUCGCUUUAACACGUUGUGCUAAUCGUAUUGCUGGCUAUUUUUGCUGUUUCUACAUCAUCUUGUUUGGUAUUCUGGGCAAGGUAUCGGCUGUCUUUUUGGCAAUCCCUAAAACGAUUUUGGGCGGCAUGAAUGCGUUCCUAUUUGCCAGUGUGACCGUCUCGGGUAUCCGUAUUCUCGCUUACUUGCCAUGGACGCGUCGUGAUCGAUUCAUCGCCACUACUUCAUUGGCCUUGGGUCUUGGUGUGACGCUUUGCCCUGGUUGGUUCUCACAUGUCUUUACCUAUCAAGGUGACAAUGAAAGCUUGCUCGGCUUCCUCAGUGCUGUUGAGACGAUUGUCAAUACCGGUUACUGUAUCGGUUCGUUGAUGGCCAUUUUCUUGAACUUGGUUGUGCCUCAAGAAUGGGGUCCCGAGACCAUGCAAGAAACUGAGGAACAAAAGAAGAAGGAGUUGGAGGAGAUACGCGAGGGCUUUGUGCGCAGCAAUGUCUCGGAUGAGCAGGUUAUCAAGCCCGAUCCCGUCAACAUCAUUCCUUAG